AUGGAGGAAACUACUGGCGAUGAUAUAAUUUCGUGUCCAUAUGAUAGGGGGCACCGUUUAUUGAGGAAACGUCUGCAACUGCAUCUACUGAAGUGCCGCUUAAACUACCCGGACGUGGAAUUGCGAAAAUGUCCAAUUAACCAACUACAUUUGGUACCCGAGCCUGAAUAUGAAAACCAUUUGUCCAACUGUCCCGAUCGAAAAUUGAUUGUGCAGUACAAAUACGAAGGCCCAGAUGAGUAUGAUGGAACAAAAUUUUUGCAACACGACCCGAUCGACUGUGACGAGAAUUGGGAUGAUACCGAUAUUGGAAAUUAUGAUCCAGAGAUAUACUCACGCAACAUGCAGAUCAUUCGUCAACCUAUUGGCGGGCCUUCACAGCGAAAAGCUUUUAAAGCCGAGGAGGCAAACCGUUUCAAACAAUUUGAAUAA